GGCGGGGUAGAUGAGCUGCGGGCGGCGGAGGAGACGAGCAGCAUGGAGGCCGCUUAUCAUAUUCAGGCACACCAGUACCCCGGCACUCUGCUGGCCACCCCCAAACCGGAGUCCUUCCGGCCUAGGCAGCCGAGCCCCUGCAAGGUCAUCACUGACCCCCUGACAGGACGGAGCUAUACGAGGGGCAGGACCCUGGGCAAGGGAGGAUUCGCUCGAUGCUAUGAAAUGACUGAAGUUUCCACCAAUAAAACCUUUGCUGUGAAAGUCGUUCCACACAGUCGCGUGGCGAAACCUCAUCAACGUGAAAAGAUUGUGAAUGAAAUCGACCUUCACCAGCAGCUUCAUCACAAACACAUCGUGAAGUUCUCCCACCAUUUUGAAGACUCUGAGAACAUUUACAUCUUCCUCGAGAUCUGCAGUCGCAAAUCUCUCGCACAUAUCUGGAAGGCGCGUCACACGCUGCUGGAGCCCGAGGUCAGGUACUACCUGAAGCAGAUCAUCUCUGGCCUCAAGUAUCUGCACAUGAGGGGAAUUAUUCAUCGGGACCUGAAGCUGGGAAACUUCUUCAUCAGUGACAACAUGGAGCUGAAAGUUGGUGAUUUCGGGCUGGCGACAAGGCUGGAGCCACCGGAACACAGGAAGAAAACAAUCUGUGGGACCCCGAAUUACUUGGCCCCUGAAGUUCUCCACAGGCACGGUCACGGCCCGGAGUCGGACGUCUGGUCCCUGGGAUGCGUCAUGUACACGCUGCUUUGUGGCACUCCACCCUUCGAGACAUCCGAUUUAAAGGAGACCUACCGCUGUAUCAAGCAGGUGAAGUACACCUUACCAGCCUGCCUCUCGUCCUCUGCCAAGCAGCUGAUCCUGGGCAUCUUGAAGCGCACUCCUAGUGAGCGGCUGACGCUCGACCAAAUCAUUGAGCAUGAAUUCUUCUCCAAGGGUUACACCCCAGAAAAGUUGCCUCCAAGUAGCUGUGUGAUGGUCCCAGAGCUGCACCCACCCAACCCUGCCAAGAGCCUCCUCACCAAAGUCGCCAAGAGCUUGUUUGGAAAAGGAAAGUCAAAAGCAAAGAAAUGUUCCUCCGAGGAGAAGGAAGACAUAUCUAAGCUGGUGACGGGUCUGAUGAAAACUUCCAUCUGUCGACAGCUCAGCUAUAAAACUGUGGAGGGAAAUGAGGCUGCCCCAGUCAGUGGUCAUGCCCUCAGCGGCAGCCCAGUGGAGACCUUGACAGAAGAGGCUUCUGGGAAAUCUGUGUCCAGAUCGAUCCGUGGGAGCCUGGUCAGCAGUGACGGUUUUGAAGAUUGUGUCACUGCGUCUGGAAUUAUGGAGACGGCUCUAGAGGUUCUUAAGGACUGUUUGUCUUCCAUGCCGACAGGUGAAGGGAAGCCCAUCCCGCUCUCCAGACAUGAAGACUUCAUGUGGGUGUCCAAGUGGGUCGAUUAUUCCAAUAAGUACGGAUUUGGGUAUCAAUUGUCCAACCGCAGCAUUGGGGUGCUCUUCAACAAUGGCACCCACAUGGUUCUACCAGCCAGUCGCAGAAACGUCCAUUACAACCUGACAAACAGCCGCCAUUAUGUGUUCCCCGCCUCAGCCGUCCCGGAGCAGCUUCAGGGCCAGAUGAGCAUCUUGCAGUAUUUUGCCACCUACAUGGAGAAGAACCUCAUGAAGGGGGGAGAUCUGCCGUGUCAGGAGGAGGGGAGCCGGCCGCUGCUGCUGCUCCUACAGUGGGUGAAGACCGAACAUGCCCUGCUGAUGCUCUUCAACAAUGGCACCCUCCAGGUGAACUUCUACAACGACCACACAAAGCUGAUCCUCAGCAAACCUCAGGACCUCUACCUUCUCACCUACAUCAGCCGAGACCGCAGCUCCCAGACCUUCCUGCUCAGCUCCCUGGUGGAGAGCGGCUGCGCGGCAGACAUGUACCACCGCCUGAAGUACACGCUGAAGCUGCUGGAGCAGAAGGCCGAAUUGUAGACCCUGCGCCCACCCAUGGAGCUGGUAAUGCCAGUAGCUGCCAUCAUCCUGUUGCAGUGGCUGGACUUGUGGGUUAUGGGUAGAGUCUUAUCUGGGGGGGACUUGGACCCUGUGACUCCACAAUCCAAGGCUCCACUGAGCUUUUUGGUGCUCGAAACGCAAAAUCUCUUAUCUGUAGCUGAAUUCUUGACGUUGCCUUCACUUGGUCCUACACGAAUUGCCACAUGGGACAAUAAGGUUAUGGGAUUUGCACUGCUGCCCACAUUUAAUGGUGGAUGUGUGACGCCCCUACUGCAUACUUGGCGCAAGUCAUAGGAUCAGUGGAUUUCAGGCGGCACGCUCACUUACUGAGCCCAACACAAGAGGAUUAAUCAGAUCCGCUCCGACGGUUAAGCCUCUGACUUGCUGCCUCUGUUUCUGUGAAACUUAUUUAUUGUGCCUGACGCCCUUCCCCCGCCCCAUCCAUCAGGGGUCACUGGCACAAUGGAGCCAGCUGCUGGGGGCCACCAACCACCUGAAGGGUUAAGUGACAUUGCCCAUAUUGGAUCGGUCAUCGUUUGUUCUCCCUUGUUUGUUGUUUGCAACAAUGUAUCACCAGGAAGAGAAUCUUUAGCUUUCUAUGCUGGAACAUCCGCCUUAUGCCAUGUGACAGGAUCUGCCUCCAUCUAGUCUGUUCACAGCGCUGUCACUGGCCGGGGGGCACCCUCUGACACCCUGUAGCGCCCCCUCCUGUUCUGCUUUGCAAAUUUGGUGAUUGCUUAACAAACCAAUUCCCAGAUUGUAUGAAUGGAAUUGUAUACAGGCAUGAUGCAAAACUUUCAGCCUGGGGUGUCCGAUGGAGGCUGCACACUGCAGGGCGGAGCUAAUCUCACGGGCCCCUCCCCCACACACUGCACUACGUUCCUACCAAAGGCUUCCUUUUUUUCUUUUUUUUGGUUGACUUUGCUGCUGUAAGCAAAAAACAUCAGAAUCUUUAACUUCUCACUAAAUGUAACACGACGUCCUCUAAGACCCUGGAGGCGUAGGGUUAAAUCUGUGAAUCCUGAGCUCCCUGUAUAAGGGUUAAGUGGAGCUCAAUAUAAUCACAGCACUUUAAUGCACCCCCCACUUACACGCUACAUAUCGGACCUCUGCUGAGAAGAGGACGGCGGAGUUCAGGCUGCUACUUGAAGUGUUGUCUUAGUUUCAUGGUACGGGCCCCACAAAUUAACUUCUUUUUUUUUGUUGUUCUGCCAUUGCAUAAUAACUUUAUUUAUGUUUUAUUUAUAGAAAAUGUAUUUAUUUUUAUGUAUUGUUUUCUUACAUUCACAUUAAUCGGAAUGAAAGUGAAAUAAAGUUUUAUACAAACAAUGAGAAAUAAAAACUUUGAUCUGAAAA